AUACCCCGUAAAGUUGCCGCCCAUUUUUACAAGUUCGAACUUUGCACUGUACAAAAUGAGUCCAGAUUUCAAGAUAAAUUAUGUGUCUGUUAAUGUUAUGACUGAAGCAAGAGCUACUCCAACAUUGGGUUAGAAAGAAACAAGCACUUCAGGUUCCGGAGUGUGAGUGAGGAAGACUUUGGUCACUACCAGUGUGAGGUGAAAGAUAAAGCUGCUGGGAAAGUAGUCCUCAUUGUUUACCACAAAAAGAGACAAAGUAUGUCUGACGAGUGGGAGGCCAUUCGAAGCUUAGAUGAUAAAGAGAACUGGAUUGAGAGAACCUCUGUCCUGUCUAAAGACGAUCAUCAACACCUGCUGCUAUGUGCCGAGGAGAUCCUAAACGAUGUUCUGGACACUUUACCAAUUGAGAGCAAAAAAGAACCAAGUGAUGAUGUUAUUGAGCAGCAGUUUACCGAUGAAGACUUUCAAUAUUCAGCUGCCCAGUUUGAUGUGGACUACUUGGAGCAUAUUGUCACUGAUAGAUCAGAGCCCAGUGAACUGACCAGACAGAGUCUUUAUGUCAAGUUUGACCCUUUAGUAGGGACAAACUCACCCAAAGUCAAUAAGAUUUUGCCAAACUUCUCAGAUGAUCUCCUGAUUCUCAACACCCCUCCUGCUUCUGGCAUAAAAAGCUGCUUGUCUACUAACAAAGGUGGCACCUCUGGCAAGAAGCAAGUGCAAAUUGGAAGCACUGAGGCUUUCCUAGAAAACCCUUUGAUCUCCACAGAAACAUCAAUGACCCCACAAGGACCUGCCAACAGAAGCACUUUACUCAUAGACAGUAGCCCCAAGCUAAUCUCCACACCAGACACACAGCAAGUAAAUCAGGGGUCCUUUACAGACGGCCAAGACGCCCCACCCCCUAGUCAACAUCACGUCACGCCGCCUACUGAUACUCUCAUCAAAGUGUUGAAAUACUCUGAAAAUGACCUCACUGGGAUGAAAGAGGAAGCUAUAGACCAAGCUCGAGAGGAAGCCAAAAAAGAGAAAGAUGAGGAGAUGGCAUCCUUAAGGAAAGAGAUAGCUGCUCUCAAAAGAGAGGCCAAAAAGUUACAGCAAAAAGACAACACUCAAAAGAUAAUCGUGUCUUCACAUCAAACUGUGGUCACAAAAUUGGAGGCAGAAAUUCAACAGCACAGAGAGAGAGUUGAAGCUCAUGAAGAAAGAGAGAAUGAUGUGCUUGAGCAUCACCAGAACUUCCUUAAAGACAUCAACUUAGUCAAAGAACGGAGUAACCUCAUUCGUGAAGACAUGAAUCACCUUGAGAACUUUUUUGAGGAAACCCACAAGUGCUACUUGGCGCUAAAAAACACUCAUAAGAACUUAGGUCAACAGACUGAGCUGCUUGAGCAGAGAAAGACACAACUACAGCAAUGUAAUGAGCAAGGUGCUGCUCUAGUAAAAAGACUGAAAGAGGAAAGCAAAAUUCAAGCCGAAGAAAUAGAGAGCACGCUUGAACAAACAAGGAAGGAACUAGCAGCUAAAAGGUCACUGGAGAAGGCCAAACAAGACCAGCUACAGAUGCAGGUGGACAGUCUCGAGAAGAGCAUAGAACAACUUGAGCAAGAGAAGAAGCAGCUCUCGUCCAUGUGUGAAGAACUCAUGAAAGCAAUGUAGAUUAGAAGUUAUAUAAUUAUAUAUUCAUCUUGAUUGCUUAUUGUUGGUGCACAUGA